CACCGAACCCUAGCAGGCGCCUUUUUGCUCCGUCCUUCCACGCUGCGCCUGCUGCUUCCCCACACCGCACCGGUAGGCUCACCGCCGGCGACCCGCAGCGCCAUACCCACCGCCACCGCGGCUCGCUUCCGUUCUGGAGCUGCGGAAGUCUCCAGAUCUCGGUUGCUCACUCGUGAGGGCUCAUGGCGUCGUCUUCCGACGAGCAGCCCAAGCCACCGGAGCCGCCCGCGGCGCCGCUGUCGCACGCGGAGUGGGCGGCCUCGCUGCAGGCGUACUACGCCGCCGCGGGGCAUCCCUACGCCUGGCCUGCGCAGCACUUGAUGGCGGCGGCGGCGGCGGGGGCGACGUACGCCGCGCCAGUGCCGUUCCCUGUCUACCACCCCGGCGCCGCGGUGGCGUACUACGCGCACGCGUCCAUGGCCGCGGGCGCCCCAUACCCGACGAGGGAAGCUGUCGCGGCGGCGGCCUUGGUGGCGGAAGGGAAGGGCAAGGGGAAGGGCGCGGGCGCGUCGCCUGAGAAGGGCAGCUCCGGCGAGGACGCCUCCCAGAGCGGUGACAGCGGCAGCGAGGAGUCGUCUGAGACGAGAGAUGAUGACACUGACCAUAAGGAUUUGUCUGCGCCUAAGAAGAGGAAAUCUGGUAACACAUCGGCUGAAGGUGAGCCGUCUCGAGCUGCUGUUGUGCGCUAUGCUGCUGUCGAAUCACCAUAUCCUGUGAAGGGGAGGUCUGCCUCGAAACUUCCUGUGUCUGCACCUGGGCGGGCGGCCCUUCCCAGUGCCGCCCCGAAUUUGAACAUUGGGAUGGAUCUUUGGAGCGCGUCUCCAGCCUUAGCAGUUCCUGCAGUGCAGGGGGAAGCAAACACUGGCUUGGCGCUUGCACGACGUGAUGAUGUUACUCAUCUGGAUGAACGUGAGUUGAAGAGGGAGAGGCGAAAACAAUCUAACAGGGAGUCUGCAAGGAGAUCAAGGUUACGCAAGCAGCAAGAGUGUGAGGAAUUAGGCAGGAAGGUAGCUGACCUUACAACCGAGAACAAUGCUCUCAGAGCAGAACUUGACAACAUUAAGAAGGCCUGUAAAGAGAUGGAAGCAGAGAAUUCACGCCUGGUGGGUGGAGUGGUUCACUCCCAGGUACCAAGCGUCACAACAACAUUGGGAAUGAGCAUCGAAGCACCAAAGGCGCAGCAGCAUGACGAUGAGGGCCAGCUUCACAAGAACACUAAUAAUAACAGCAAUGGGAACUAUAUAGGCGGCAGCCACAAACAGGAGGCUAACACUACUAGGUGAGGGAUUAUGAGGAAAUGACAAGAUGAGAUGAGGUGUUUCUUAUGUAACCACAACACCCAUCAUCAAUCAGUGUGUUUUUUCCAGCAAAGUUGUUUUAGUCCUUCUCACAGCUCACUGGGGGUCCUGUAGAGUGGCCCCACUGCAGCCAUGUAUUAUUUAUGGCUCGUUGCCGUGUGUGCUUGUGUGUGUGUUUUGUGUAAACCUAUUGAUGUAGCUAUUGUAACAAACCUAGAGCCUAGAGUUUUUAUGUUUGCUAACUUCUGAUGAGGAAUGUAACUGGCCAAUUCAGUGCCUGGUCGUUAGAUGAAAAGUGAGCAAAUAACCUUUGAUAA